CUCACGCUCCGUUACUCCGGUGAAAUCAUGGCAGCGGAGGGACAGAAAGUGGUGCUGAUCACCGGCUGCUCGUCCGGUAUCGGACUCGUGAUCGCCGUGACGCUCGCGAGAGACGAGAUGAAGCGCUACUACGUCAUAGGUACCAUGCGGGAUCUGAAGCGGAAGGAUAAGUUGGUUGAAGCGGCGGGAGACACGUACGGUAAAACUCUGUCUCUGCUCACGCUGGACGUCUGCAGUGAUGAAUCUGUCAAACAGUGUGUGGACAACAUCAAAGAUAGACAUAUAGACGUACUGAUUAAUAACGCUGGUGUGGGUCUGGUGGGGCCGGUUGAGGGUCUCAGUAUGGACGAGAUGAUGACGGUGUUCCAGACCAAUUUCUUCGGUGCGGUUCGCAUGAUUAAAGAGGUGAUGCCCGACAUGAAGAAGAGACGCUCUGGACACAUUAUCGUCAUCAGCAGUGCGAUGGGCCUGCAGGGUGUGGUAUUUAAUGACAUUUACUCUGCGUCAAAGUUCGCCAUAGAGGGGUUCUGUGAGAGUCUGGCCGUGCAGCUGCUCAAGUUUAACGUCACUGUGUCGAUGAUCGAGCCUGGGCCUGUGCACACUGAGUUUGAGAUGAAGAUGUUUGCAGAUGUUUCUAAGAAAGAAUAUGCUGGUACUGAUCCUGAGACACUCCACCACUUUAGGACCUACUACCUGCCCAGUGCAAUGAACAUCUUUCAAGGUCUGGGACAAAGUCCCGAACACAUUGCCAAGGUCAGAAAUCACCUUAGUUAAAGCUGGUUCAAAUCAAGGGCAAUCACUAUAACCACAACAUUUUAAUAAUCAUUCUAACAGCAAUAGAAAUCAGGGAUGUCAUCGUCCAGGUCAGUUCAGAUCUCAUUCAAUAGUGUCUGUGCAAGACAAUAAUAUUGCUGUUAAGUGUUCAUUUUCCCAAACUAAGCAAGUAGGUGACAGUGGCAAGGAACCCAAACUCCAUCAGUGACAGAAAUGGAGAA